UCCCCUGGGCCCCGCCCCGCCCCAAAAUCAACUAACGGAAUUAACUUGGCCUGCACCUAUAUCCUAUAUAUACCCCGAUGCAUGAAUUCUUCAUAUUCAAAAUUUCAUAUCGCAAUCCACAAAAGUAUAUUGAAAUCAACAUGUCUCGUCCCGUCGUCAGAAAGUUCCUGGCUCGGCCUCAGCACGAAGGCGUCGGCGCCACCGUUAGAAGAAGCAUUGGAAGGUUUGAGCUGAAAUACUUCGACCCUUUUCUUGUUCUGGACGAGUUCUCAGUUUCUGCGCCGGCUGGAUUUCCUGAUCACCCACACAGAGGAUUCGAGACCGUCACCUACAUGCUACAGGGAGCAGUGAGGCACGAGGACUUCGAGGGACACAAGGGCACGAUCGAAGCUGGUGACCUGCAAUGGAUGACUGCAGGCAGAGGAAUUGUCCACUCCGAAAUGCCUGCCGCUGAGGGAACUCAAAAGGGCUUGCAAUUAUGGAUCAACCUCUCCUCCAAACAUAAAAUGAUUGAGCCAAGGUAUCAAGAAAUGAAGAGUAGGGAGAUUGCAGAAGCAUCGAGAGACGGCGUGCAAGUGAGAGUGAUUGCAGGGGAGGCAUUGGGCGUCAAGUCAGAAAUAUACACCACAACUCCCACCAUGUUUCUUGACUUCACACUCAAGCCAGGGGCACACAUUCGCCAGCCAAUACCUACGUCGUGGAACGCCUUUGUAUACGUUUUGGAAGGAGAGGCUACGUUUUCGAAUUCCCCUGUGUCCGCCCACCACCUCCUCCUCCUUGGGGAGGGCCACGCCGUCUACGCCUCCAACCACUCCUCCAAGCCACUCAGGUUUAUUCUGGUUGGCGGUCAGCCGCUGGGGGAGCCUGUGCACCAGUAUGGUCCCUUUGUCAUGAACACGCAGCAACAAAUUGAUCAAACUAUUGAGGAUUAUGAGAAUUGUACCAAUGGAUUUGAGAAAGCUAGACACUGGAAGUCUCAGUCCACUCAAGUUUUUGGUUAUUGAUUUAUGCACUUUUUUCCCAUUCGAUUCAACAUAUAUUAAUUGAUAGAUAAGUGAUGAAGAUCA